AUAUCCUUCUACAUAUAUUCACAAUUUGUAGGUAGUACAAGAACUGAAAAAUAAUUUUUGGUUGCCAGUAUACCUGUAGUCGUUGCACUGAUCAGUCGAUAGUUUUGUGAUAAAUUAUUUCUCAAGUGAAUUAAAUUAUUAACCAUGGGACGUGAUUCUAGAAAGGUUUCAAGAGAACUUCGGAGUUCUGAAAAAAUUAAUAAGUCACGUUCAGUCAAAAGAAAGAAUGUUUUUAAUCCGAAAACAGCCGAACGUGAUGAAAGUAUUCAGAGUACAUCUUCUAAAAAAUUAAAACAAAACACUGAAGAUGAUGUACCUGAAGACAGCAGUACUGAAUUUCGAAUAAUAAAUUUUAUUCAGGUAUUCACUGCAAUUUCUGCUCUUAUAAAAUGUAAAAAAUGUGAUGGAAAUGUAGUGUUUCAAACAGCAAGUACACGUGGGCUGGGAUUCAAAAUUGUAGUUGCAUGUAAUAACUGUGGAAAUGAAUAUAUUCCUUCCUGUUGAAAAUAUGAAAUCUGCUAUAAUGGCAACCUUUUAUCACUACGGCUCGAGUGAUGAAAAACCGAAUCAUGAUAUGUGUCCAAAAGGCGAAGAAUCUUGGUGCUCUUACCAGCGCGCUGAAGCAAGAGGAGAGCUUGAUACCUUUUCUCACGAUUAUUCUCCUUUACCUUCUGAUGUUUUAAAAGCUAUCAAGCCUAUAUACGAAGAUCUUAGUAAUGAAAAUUUACUUUCAAGAUGUGUAGGUGGAUUCAAUCAGAAUAAUAAUGAAAGCUUUAACCAACUAGUAUGGAAAAUAUGCCCAAAAACGGUAAAUACUAGUUUUACUAUCGUACAAAUAGCUGCAUACGUUGCUAUGUGUAUAUUUAAUGAGGGUAUAAAUUCAUUAUUAGUCUUGAUGAAUACACUAGGACUUAAUUGUGGGCCUAAUUCUCAUCGGUAUGCAGAAAGAAUGGAUGCUGCACGUAUCAAAGUAGCAGAUAAGCGCGCUAAUGAUAACACCCGAGAAGGUCGAUUGCAACGUAGGCACCAGCAAAUCGAUAUUUUGGAAGCUGCUAUGUCGGCUGAAGAGCUAUUAUAUGGUCCAGGAAUAGAUGACUCAGUAUGAAUCUCCAAGGACUUAUGAUGAUCACCGCAAAGGACUUCGGGAGGAACGGGCUCUACAAAAACAGCGAUAACUUUUUGAAUUAUUAAUUUUUUUUUUUGAAAUUUUCGUGAAGUCAAAUCGAAACGUGUUCUAAUAAAGCUAUGUUUUUAUUUUUGUCAAAUAAAGUAAUUAACUACAAAAAAAAAAUUAUUGAAAAUCAUCAUUUUUUCAUACCCCUGAG